CUCUCUACAUCAAUAAAAAAAGCAUGUGAUUAGAAUUAAUCAUUAUCUAUUAGAAUCAAAAUUAGGCUGAUUGAUUGGAUCCCUAUAUUUGGAAUUAAAUCCCAACAUAUCUAUGUUAGGGUUUGGCAGUGGCUGCAGUAGAUUUUAAACACGUUUAUAUUGGUCCUGCUGUAGAUUUUAAACUUCAUAGUUGGUGCUGCUUCCAGUUUCUUUAUUAUCUCAGUGGGUUUCAUCACUUUUUGGUUUCUAGGUAUGGUCUCAGGGAAGUGUGCUUGCCGCCACUGAUAAAAACACCAUCCUCAAUCUUCAAGGGUUGGAUUGUUGGGGAUGGGUCGCACACUUCAAAGGGAUCUGAAUAGGAUUGCAGCAGUUGCUGAUACAUCACCUUCAGAAGGUCUGCAUUAUGUAUUGACAGAGACAACCCUAGCUUUGCUUCGGCAUCCUGAUUACUGUAUCUCAGCGUAUUCAUCUGUGGACAUAAAGCAGGGUAUUGAAGAUGGGGAGAAACGUUUCAAUCAACUUUCAAUUGAAGAGCGGGGCAAGUUUGAUGAAGAGACACUAGUCAAUGUUAAUAACAUAAAGAGACAAAGCACAAGAAGCCAGAGAGCGAAUGGGUUCAGCAAUGAAUACAUAGUGAUAACAAUCUUGGCUGCUGCCGAAGGAGACCAUAAACUUCCAAGCAUCAAUGGAAGUGGAGACUUGAAGCAAGCUUUACAGAAACUUGGUUCCAUUCCGUCAAGCAGAUUAUUGGCAGUUGAGGUGUUAUGGACACCACAGAAUGAGAACGAUACUCUCUCAGAACGGGAGUUACUUGAAGAUUACCCGCUUUUACGGCCUUUGUAAGUGGUGAUGGUAUGCUUGCGUUCUGCUUCUAGCCUCUUCUAGAGCUAUGAACUGAAAUUGGGUUGUGAUUGCACAGUUAAGGAUCAUCUCCAGUAGUACUUGAAUAAUAUCGUUAAAACUAUUGAGAUUGUCCUGCUACUCAAUUUUCAGCUGCGGCCAAUGUCACUAAUGACGUUUUAUCACUUACAAAGGUUCAAUAUUAAAUAUUGAUGGCAUUAGUUGUAAAUUUUACCAGUAGGAUCAACUCUAAAGAAUAUGUACAAUAUUAUAGACAAUCAUUUUAUCAUUGAAAUAGGUGCCCUUUCUGUUUAGAAAUUGCUCUGCUGUAUUCGGUGAACUUUUCCAGAUUUUAUUUGUGCAUAAUACAUUCUUUAAAAUCUUUUUUUAAGCU